AUGUUUGGAUUAUCGUACUUAGCUUAUUUUCUGGUUAAUCUCGAUAUGCGCUUGGGUUUAGUGAAAUUUGUCAUACAAAAUCCACACAAAACCUAUGCAAAGAUGUGCGAGUCUAUACCGGAAAAGUGUGGCAAUAAACAGCAAUCUAACUGUGGUGAGAGUUCAUCGAAAAAAAGUCCUCAAGUUGGUUGUGAUGAAGAGUCCUUAGAUGAUAGCUUUGAACAGUUUAAACAACACCAAAAUCUUUCAAAUUCCUCAAGAAAAAGUGUACAAAUUGGUUGUGGUCAGAAGUCUGCAUCGGAAAAGUGUGGCAAUAAACAGCAAUCUAACUGUGGUGAGAGUUCAUCGAAAAAAAGUCCUCAAAUUGGUUGUGAUGAAGUGUCCUUAGAUGAUAGCUUUGAGCAGUUUAAACAACACCAAUCUCUGGCAAAUUCCUCAAGAAAAAGUGUGCAAAUUGGUUGUGAUCAAAAGUCUGCAUCAGACAAAUGUGGCAAUAAACAGCAAUCUAACUGUGGUGAGAGUUCACCGAGAAAGAGUGUUCAAAUUGGUUGUGGUGGAAAGUCAACACCGGAAAAAAGUGGUGGCAAUAAACAGCAAUUAAACAAUAGUAUUAAUCCAUCGAAAAAAAGUCCUCAAAUUGGUUGUGGUGGAAAGUCUACACCAGAAAAAAGUGCCAGCAAUCCAACACAGCAAUCUAAAUGUGGUGAAAGUUCAUCGAAAAAGAGCUCACAAACUAAUUGUGGUGGAAAGGCUACACCUGAAAAAUGUGAUGACAAGAAACAGCAAUCUAAAUGUGGUGAAAAUCCGUCGAAAAAGAAUUCUCCAUCUGGCUGCGGUGAAAAGGGUUCACCGCCUCCAGAAGAACGUAACCAAGCUGGAAAGAAUUCUUCAAAAAAAGCUUUAGAAUUUGAUUGUAAGCAGAAGUGCCCUCAAGAAAUGGAUUUGGCUUGUAAAAAAUUAACACUGAAAGAACGUCAACAUAUAGUUAAAAUGCAAUUACAGAAAUUGAUAAAGGAUGAAAACUGCCCCGGAGCUAUAGUGGAAACAUUGCAGGGAAAGUUAGAUUUUAAUAACUUGUCUUUUAAAGUAACGUUAGGUGAGAACUAUAAAGUAAAUCCAAAUUUGCCAGAAGUGGAGCCGAUAUCACUAAUAGAAGCCUUCCUCAAACGAAUUCAGGUCGAAAAAGAUAAUAUAGAAUCAUAUAAGAGAAGUGCUAAUUUCAGGGAUACAUUUAAUUUUAAAGUUAGAGGCAUUUUUUCAUAUUAUGACAGUCAAUUUAAUACUGAACUCAAUGCAGCUAUAAAGACUUUUAUUUUGGCAGAUCUGAUAUACAAAAAUUGCCAUCCACCAAUACACGCACAACCAUUUUACAGCCUUAUUCGUAAAGGUGAAGUAACUUUGGAUGAAGAUAGUAAAAUUACAAGAACUUACAACAUAUCAACAACUACAUAUAAUCCAAUUCGGGAUGAAAACAUGUACGAAGAUGUAAUAGUAGGAGACCAACCAUGUCGUUCAAAGUCCAGAGCACGUGAUAUGCUUAAAGCUAUAGCGUCAUUUAAGCGUAAACGCAGUUUGCCCCAGUGUAAUCACGAUGACGACUGAUUAGUAUUUUUCAUUAAAACUGAAACGAUCUCGAUGGAUUAAACAUACAAUAGUUUCAAAAAUUAUUA